UCACAACUACAGGGGAAGGAAAAUAGAGGGAGGGACAGAGGAGAGGAGAGGAGGAGAGCAGAAGAAGAGACAGGGAGAGAAUGAGAGAAAGGGGGAGAGAGAGUACAGAGGGAUAUAUUGGCUCAAAGCUGGUCUGCAUGCUCCAGUGUGUGAGAGACAGAGGACGUGAGCGCAGGCAAGAUGGAGUGCUGGCACAGAUGAAGACUGUCCCUGGUCCCCUUCGACAGUGCACAUGAGCGUCUCCAAACCCCCACCGCUCCCCUCCACCUCCCACUUGGCCCUCCCCGCUUCCUCCACCUCCACCCCUCCCUCAUCUGCCACCUCCCCCUCAGCGACACCCCACCACACUGGUCCGCCCCCUCCCUCGCCAGUCAAGAUCUCUAUGCAGGAGCACUUUGCCAUCAACGUGUGCCCGGGCCCCAUCCUCCCCAUCCCACAGAUCUCAGACUUCUUCCCACGUUUCCACGACUACCCCUGCACGCCACCGCCUCCGAGGGAGAAAAAGAUCCUAAAAGAGGAGACUUUCAACGGGGAUAUGGGCGUAGGAUUCAAGGAUGGGGAGAGGAGGUUGGACAACAAUGGAGACAGGGAGGAGACAGUGGACUCUGAUGAUGAAGACACCUACCUGGGAACAUUGGAGUUCACCCUGCUCUUUGAUCAAGAGAACAACUGCCUACAUUGUACUAUUAACAAGGGAAAGGGACUGAAAGCCAUGGACUCCAAUGGACUGGCUGAUCCAUACGUCAAGCUUCAUCUUCUUCCCGGGGCUAGCAAGGCAAACAAGCUACGCACAAAAACCCUGAAGAAUACGCUGAACCCAAUAUGGAACGAGGAGCUGGUGUAUCAUGGCAUCACAGCAGCCGACAUGACCACCAAAACGCUCAGGCUGUGUGUGUGUGACAUGGACAGACUCGGACGUAAUGAAUUCAUUGGAGAGGUGAGAGUGGCUCUGAAGAAACUGAGAGAGGGCGAGAACAAACGCUACAAUAUGGGCCUGGAGAGAAUUACACAGAAUAAAGAAGCUAACAAUCAACCAGUGGAGCCGGGAAUGGUCGUGGCAGAAGAGGAGCGUGGCCGCAUCCUGUUGUCACUAUGCUAUAACACAGAGAAGGGCUGCCUGCUGGUUGGGGUAAUACGCUGUGCCCAUCUGGCCGCCAUGGACUCCAACGGCUACUCUGACCCCUUCGUCAAAAUCACCUUGCAGCCAGAUAUGGGGAAAAAAUCCAAGAACAAGACUACCGUGAAGAAAAAGACUCUCAACCCCGAAUUCAAUGAGGAGUUUUCAUAUGAAGUUACCUUGGACCAGCUGGCAAAGAAAACCCUGGAGAUCUCGGUGUGGGACUACGACUUGGGAAUGAGCAACGACUUCAUAGGUGGAGUGGAGCUGGGAAUAAAUGCAAGCGGACAGAGACUCAGACAUUGGUUCGACUGUCUCAAAAACAAAGGGAAAAAAGUGGAGUACUGGCAUACGCUCACACAGCAAGGAGCCCCGAGCAGUGACAAACCGGACUAGAUUACACAAGACACACACACACACACACACACACACACACACACACACACACACACACACACACACACACACACAAACAAACAAACACACAACAUUUGUCUCACUCGAAGUGGUUGUUUACUGAGACCAAGUAAAGUAGUAAUAAGAGCAAAGGAUAAAAGAUGCAAUAAUAAUAGUCAUAAAAAGUCUAAUCUACUCCGAAGAGAGGGUAGUUCUAGAUGAUGCCCGACACAGAGCCUAAUCAUAUAAUGCCAAUAUUACCCCAACCAAGUAUUAGUAUAUGAUAUUCAUACUAAUAUUAGUAAAGGUAAAAAGGUGUAAUCUGAAUUUAUUUUUUAAAGGUGAACCAAAUUGUGACGAUGUCCUCAAUAAAGUGUUGACGUUACUAAACAUUACCCACAGAAUUGUGCUUUAGACCUUAGUGUAUUGUGGAAGUCGCUCAUAUUCUGUCCUUCAAAUGUACACCUAAUGAAGAGAUUUGAGAGUAAUGUACUCAAAAUCCAUACAGUGACUCAUAAUGUGGUGUAUAGUAACAGGAGCAGAGAUGUUAUGAAAGAGAUUGUGUAUUGAGAAGUUUCUAUUUUAGUGGUUGCUGAUCUGAUGCAAAUCAACACAGUAUUAUAAAGCACAAAAAGAUCCAUUCGGUGGAUUUGUACCUUUACCGUUUCAGUGUUCUUGUUCUUAUGUCUUUCAUUGUCUUUAAGUGACAGUGGCUUUCUAUAGACCUUCAUAUCAGGCAUUAACGUGUCAGUUUAUGUGUGUGAAUGUGUGUGUGCAUGAGGGCUAUGAGAAUAUGAGUGCCUACAUUUUCUGUCUGUACAGUGUGUGAGUCUCUCUGUAUUGAUGUCACUCCCCAUUCAAAAUGUGUCCAUCCAAACUUCAGAAGCACAGAAGUCUGAAGAAAUGAUAAAAAAGGACAAAGAAGACACAUACAAGAGAGAAAUCCUCGGAAGCCAGCGCCGCCACCACAGGCCUCAGUGGUGUGAGCGGUCCUGGCUGGGGAACACUGACAACCUUUCAAUCAUGUGUGCCAGACCCUUUGUCAUCUCUCUACCAUUGCCAGACAGGUCAUAGAGCAAAUUAAAGAAUGGAUUACAUCUUGAUACGUCACUUUUGACUGAUCUUUUUGACUUUCCUGAUGAAAGGAUGAACGGAUGUUGCUUUUUGGAGGUGGCAUGUGUUCCUUGACUUUGCUGCGGCGUAAUGAACCAGAUUUCAAUAGGAUCCAAGCAGGUUUACCUCAGUGACUCCAUUUCUGCUCCAACAAAGCCACAGAUGAUGCAACAUUUUCUCUCUGCUCUGCAAUAUCACAGCAGCAGCAGUGUGUCGAUUUGAAGAUUCAGGCAUUUUCUUUGGUCCUGGGAUCUAAUUCAUGGCAAAAUGGAUGCCUAAAACCUUGAAAAUGUCCCCAACUUUGUGCACCCUCAGACACUGAUCUCGAGAGGAUAUUGUAUUCAAUCUAAAUCAGCCAUUAGAAGGAGUCAUUGCAGUGAUCAAUGUUGCAUUCAUUCCAUUACAUCAGACCGUGACCAGACCUAUUGAAUAGCAGGUCUACUCUUUAGAGGCAUAUUCUAUCCUCUGGACAGGAGACACUGGGAGCACUGUGUACAUGCUUGUGAUUGCCUGCUGAGAUAAAACUGUGCAGGAGAAAUGCCCCCCACCUCCCUCCUCAUCUUACAUUUAACUUCAGGAGGUAAAAUGGGAUUUCACCCUGCAUGCAUGGCAGCAGGGGACAGUGAAUAAUCACAGGCCAGGAUCCAAGAUAUUGAAAAACAAAGCUAGAUUGCACACUUAACCUGCAUGCCUAUUAUGUGUCUCUAUGCACAUCUGUGCAUGUCGAUGGUGUAUCUGGGCUAGACUUUCACUGAAACGUCUAAACGCCUGCCAAGAUAUGAAAUGUACUCCCCUGGUUCAUCUAUCACUACAGCUCUGGCCAUGCACUGGUUCACAAAGCACACCCACAGUCGGUCAGUGGCCUCUGGGAGUUUUUCUAACUGUUGAAUCGAUCCGGCUGCUCAUGUUCUUGUUGUCCUUCAACAACCUUGUGAAUGUCUCAUUGUUAACUGCAAAAAAAUAGAUCCUUCAGUGGUGAAUUAGGUUUAGAUAAAAAAGGGCUUGGGCAUUAUCGUAGGUUGGCACGAAGAUCAUGUCAAGUAACAGUGAGCUUAAACACAUUUUCAGUUAGAGCUUAAAUGAAUUUAACAAGAGGGUUGGGCGAGGGUUUAUUCUGUACUUUCUCUAUGCACAUCAGAAUUCCCAGCAUGUUGGCAGUGAGAUAAUCAAACCAAAACAUCAACAUUAUGUUAUCCAUGCAUCAAAGAUGCAUUUCUGGGAAUACUGAGUUCUUUGAUUGGAGCUAUGCUGGGGACAGUGAUCGAAUACAGUUCACAUUUCAGGCUGGUUGGUUGCUUAUUCCUCUCUGAAUCUGUUCGUUUUGUUUACAGUCACCAAAUGUUAGACUUUUGUCUAUUGACCCCGCUUUGCUUAUGUAAUCAUUUUAUCUGCAAUACAUCUGCAUGUUUAGCAAUCACUAACAGCUUGUAUAAUAGAGUGCAACCAUAGCUGAUUAUUCUGAAUGCUGAUGUGUUUACAGUCAAUGCCAUCAGUGCGUAUUUGUUUGUUUGUGAAUAUGAUGAUUCAGGGUAUUUUUGCUCAGUUGCUGUGAUUACCAAGCAAGCUGUUGCUUUAAAAAACAAAACCUUUACUGUCACAGAUUUUGACACUUCGUCUUCCUUACAUUGAAAUCAGUGGUAAUGAUGCAGGAGGGCAGGGGCGAAUGAGAUGGGGAAUUCACUACUGCAGUCCCUGUGUAUUCACUGUCUGUCAAUCACACAGUAUGGCUGCCAUCCUGUGGUGGGUUUGUGUAACUUCUUCGCAAAAUAAAUUGAAGUCGUUUCA